AUGGAUCAAGCGCAAUUCCUGCAGCAAUUGCAGAUUAUAUUGAAUCGUCAGUUAAAUAUUCCCAGGAUAUUCCCCUCCUGCUGCUCUCGUGCUGCCUUUUUCCGCUGCUGUCUUUUGAUCCUUAUCGUUAUCUCUCGCUUAUUACUAACGUGUCUCACUGUAGCAAGCCAAGGAAGUGUCAAGGAAGCCACAAACACGCUGCAAAAGGUGUACUAUAAAAACCCUGAAGCUCUCCUUUUCCUCAUCCAGAUCGCUACCACACAUCACGAUGCCGACCUGAAGCAGCUGGCCGCCGUCGAGGCUCGCUCUCUCGCCAUUAAGCUGUGGGGGAAAGUUCCCGAUGCACAGAAACCACAGGUCCGCGAGCAGCUGCUGCGAUCGACCCUGAGCGAAAGCUCUGCUCUCGUCCGCCAUGCCUGUGCCAGGGUCAUCUCGGCCAUUGCUGAGAUCGAUCUGACCGAUGGCGAGUGGGCGGAUCUGCCGCAGUUCCUGUUGAACGCGUCGACCAGCGCGAAGGCUGAGGAGCGUGCUGUGGGCACCUAUAUCCUCUUUGCCAUCCUCGAGACCCUCGGCGAAGGCUUCGAAGAGAAGUUCAUGGACCUUUUUGCCCUGUUCGAAAAGACGAUUCGUGACCCCGAGAGUGCAGAGGUCCGCAUCAACACCCUGCUCGCCCUCAGCAAGCUGGCCGUCCAUCUCGACUCGGACGAAGACGAAAAGCCAGUCAAGGCCUUCCAGCAGAUUUUCCCUGCCAUGGUCAACGUCCUCAAGGAUACGAUCGACCAAGGUGAUGAUGCCCGCAUCAUGCAGGCCUUCGAGGUCUACCAGACUCUUCUAGGAUGCGAUCCCGAGCUUCUUAACCCUCACCUCAAGGAUCUCGUUAUCUUUAUGAACGAAAUCUCUGCCAACACCAAGGCAAGCGAUGAUACCCGAACUCAAGCCAUCAGCUUCCUCAUGCAGGCUGUCAGCUAUCGCAAGAUUCGUAUCCAGGGUAUGCAGCUUGGUGAUCAGCUUACUCGUACCUGUCUAGCCAUCGCUACCGAGCUCGACAGCUUGGACUCUGACGAGGAUGACAUCACUCCGGCUCGUUCUGCUCUAGGUCUGCUUGACAUGAUGUCUCAGAGCUUUGCUCCCAGCCAGGUCGUUGUACCACUCCUCACUGCAGUUGGCCAGUACUUUAACAGCUCGGAUGCCAGCCACCGCCGAGCUGGUAUCAUGUCUCUUGGCAUGUGUAUUGACGGAGCUCCCGACUUUAUCAGCACUCAGAUGCAUGAGAUCUUCCCCGUUCUCUUCCGUCUACUCCAGGACCCCGAAGCUAGCGUUCGCCAGGCUACUCUCGACACCGUUGCUCGCCUUGCCGAUGUUCUGCCAGACGAUGUCAGCAAGCAGCAUCAGACCCUCAUGCCAUUGCUCUUGAAGAACCUAGCCAGCGCCAUGCAAGAAUAUAACGGCGACGAGUCUGGCCCAACAGUAGAUAUGAUCAAGUCUUCCCUUAGUGCAACCGACACCGUUGUUGACGGUAUGGAGAGCAAGGAUGUGGCUCCUUACCAAAGCGACCUUGUCCCAUUGCUGCAGAAGUUGUUCAAGCACCCUGACUUCAAGAUCAAGGGCCACACCGCCAGUGCUCUCGGAUCAGUCGCUUCCUCUGCUGGCGAGGCAUUCCUGCCUUACUUCGAUGAGUCCAUGCAUAUUAUGCAGGAGUUUGCUACCCUCAAACACAGCGAGGAGGAACUCGAGCUUCGCGCCAGCGUUAUCGAUGCCAUGGGUGAAAUGUCAUCUGGUGCUGGACCCGAGCAUUUCAAGAACUACGUUGGCCCAUUGAUGCAAGCCAGCGAAGAGGCCCUCCACCUCGACCACUCUCGCCUAAAGGAGAGCACCUAUCUCUUCUGGGGCGUGAUGUCCAAGGUCUACGGAUCUGAAUUUACCCCAUACCUAGAAGGUGUUGUGAAGGCCUUAAUUACUUGUCUGGAGCAGAACGAGACCGAGAUGGAAGUCUCUCUCGGAGAUGCAGCCAAGGACCUGGUUGGCCAAGAGGUCACUAUCGCCGGGCACAAGGUCCGCGUUGCCGGUGCAGACGAUAACGACGAUGACGAUGACGAUGAGUUUGAAGACGUGGACGAUUGGGAGAACCUCAACACCGUCACCCCUGUCUCUCUGGAGAAGGAGAUUGCCAUUGAGGUUCUUGGAGACGUUAUCACUCACACCGGCAAAUCCUUCAUGCCUUUCUUCGAGAUGACCAUGCAGCAUAUUCUCCCACUCACCGAGCACUCGUACGAGGGCGUAAGGAAGAGUGCCAUGUCCACUCUCCACAGAUCAUAUGCUGCUCUAUGGCAGGUCUGUGAGGAAACCGGGCAGAUGCAGAAAUGGCAGCCUGGCAAGAACAUGCCUCUAAGCGAGCCACCAAACGAGCUUAAGAAACUCGGUGAGAUCUUAAUGAAGGUUACCCUUCAACGCUGGGCCGAGGAAGACGAUCCUUCCGCGAUCUCUGAUAUCAAUCGCAACUUUGCUGAUAACCUCCGUUUCUGUGGCCCUUACUUGAUCUCUAACCGCGAGAAUCUUGAAAAGGUCACAUCUUUGGUUACCUCAAUCAUCACCAAGCAGCAUCCAUGUCAGCUGGAUAUUGAUGCCACAGAUGAAGACAGAGAGAUGAUGGAGGAGCUAUCCGAAUUUGACUGGAAUGUUAUUGACACCGCUCUUGAUGUCGUUUCUGGCCUCGCCAUCGCUCUCGGCGCUGAGUUCGUUGCUCUCUGGCCAGCAUUCGAGAAAUAUGUCCUCCGCUUUGCUGCUAGCAGCGAAUCUCUCGAGCGCUCGACCUCCAUCGGUGUUCUUGCUGAUGUGAUUUCUGGGCUCGGGAAUGCAAUCACCCCAUACACUGGCAACUUCUUCCGCCUCUUCACCCACCGACUUACCGACGAAGACAUGCAGACUCGUAGCAACACGUGUUACGCUGUUGGCAUGCUAGUUGAAAAAUCCGAGGCCGAAGCCGAGCUCGUGGCUGCUUACCCUACCAUUCUAGAGAAGGUUACUCGCUGCCUUCAAAUACAGCAGGCUAGGCUCCCCGAUAAUGCUGCCGGAUGUAUUGCCCGCCUGAUCAUCAAGCAUCACGAGAACGUGCCACUGGAGGAAGUCCUUCCUGCUCUGGUUGAUGUCCUCCCGCUGCAGAAUGAUUUUGACGAGAACGAACCCAUCUAUCGCAUGAUCUGUCAACUCUAUAAAUGGGAGAACCCUACUAUCAGCCAACUCACACCCCGUCUGCUGCCGAUCUUUGAGUCUGUCCUCACUGGAGACAGCGACCAGCUAGAUGACGAACGCCGGACCGAGCUAAUUGAGCUUGUCAAAUGGAUUAAUAAAAUGCAGCCUGGUGGAGCAGCUGCUUUUGUUCAAAAACUCAGCUCAUAA